AUGUGUAUAGCCUUAGGUACUAAUGUUGCAUCAUCCGAUACUGUGAAAGUUUGGAACCCAAAGCUCAAAAGCAAGGAAUAUGGCAGUCAAGAAGCAGCGCGCUUUGGCUGGCCUACUGAUGUUGAUGAGGCCCGCCUGCGAGAGCUUGUUAAGGAGUUAAACGUUAGUGCCAUGUCCAUUAGUCGGACUAUGUAUAGCAUAAACCUGACAUACAAGUUCAGUCGGUGGUCUCCGAUCAAAGAUAACUGCUGUCAUACAAGUAGUGACAAGGGUGGGAUUGAAGGAUUCGGAUGUGAAAAACGGGAAAAGGUUUCAUUGCAGACACGAAGCAUGACGGAGAAACGGAUCUCUGGUUGGUUCGUACUAUCAGCAAUCUUCAUCAUAGCCGUCUUCGGCCUCUUCUUCACGUUCACGGAACGUAAGACAUGGCCGGAACAAAAGACAGAAUUGUCGGCGACAGAUAUGAAGCUAAUUCCUCCUUCUUCCACCCUCUGGUGCGAGGCUAUUGCACUCUACUCGGACCAUCCCUUUGUUGCUUACCAGGUCAGUCGGGCUCCUCGUAUAAAUCCAAAGCAUCUUAGCCGACAGAAAGUUGGUUUGCAGUUGAAAUUGGGCACCAGCAAAAGUAGCAAUUCUGUGAAACUUCGAUACUUUCUUCUACCAUCUUCAGUGAUGGAAAUAAUUGCAUGUUCUUCGUAUCCUGGUGCUCAUUUACUCGUUUUUAAGGGUGACAAGGAUAUCGAUUCUUGCCUGGAAAGUAUAAUGAAUAAAGAACGCGAUUCCUCUAGUAUGAAUGAUUCAGACGAAAGCUCUGAAGAAGAUGACAGUUUCGAUUAUCAAGACCUAUAUAGUAUUUUAUCCAAACCAUUGGAAGCAGUUAGACAUUGGAAAAGCAACAGGUGUUCUUCAUUAUUAAUAUAUCAUAUUGUUGAAACCAGCUUCCUUGGCGAAUUUUCUCUUGGAUGUUCGGCAUCAGUUGCAUUGCAUCCGAUAAAAGUGAAUAUUACAGCUUCUGAUUAUUAUAUGAUAGCUGUCUUGAACACCAACGGCAAGACAACAAACAACGUUGGUCUCCAAAUCUUAUUGGAUAGAUCCCGUUAUGUUGUCCACAGGUCCGGUCAAGCCUUCGACAUGUGUAGCUUGUCCACAGCUUGCACUAUAGGUUUAGGAUUCGGUUCAAGUGACCGUGCCCUUGUGUGGAUUCCUGAUGAGCAUAACGCUGGGCGUUCUACUUUUACAAUACGUUCCCGAUGUAAACCCAGGCUUGCCGUAUUUGCCAUCUUAUCUGUGUUCUUGCCGCUUAUGAUGUUUCUUCUUGUGGCGUUUGUUGUGCGAGCUGAUAGGGAGGGAAUCAGACGCAUUUACAACCGAGGUUCUCCUUCUCGAAAUCAAAGAAGACGUUCUGAGCAGCGAAGGUUCGAGAAUCCCUUACUGGACGACAGUGUCGGCUCGAGUUGCGAAGCUUUGCCUUCGACAAGUGGUGGUGCUCAUCAGAUUGCUUCAGGCGCUGAUGAGUUACCACCACCUUAUCAUACCCUGUAUGAUCCACCGCCUCCUUAUGCUUGUUUGAAAAUAGAAAGAACAGAAGAAUCUGACAAAAAUGCAAGCAGUGGACCAGCUUCGAAUUCAGCGCAGUGAAUGUAACGCUGAUUUUAGUAGCUUCUGAAAAUUAACGUAUUGAGAAUUCAUUCAGAAAACGAUGUGAUUAUCAUUAUUGGCGUUUAUUCUAGUCCAGUUGUCAACUGAGCAUUUUAUAAAUCACCAGAUAGUGUGUUGAAAUCUAAGAGAAGAUGUCUUUGGUCACUUUGCAAAUCAAUUUGUAGCUGGAAGCAUAUCAUGUGUAAUGAUAAACUUACUCUGUAGAACAAUAAGAUCAUGGAUGGUCGGAUUUGACUUUUGUGUCGAUUGAAUUAUUUUAUUUGUAUAUUUUAUGUAUAGGUAAUAUUUUUAUACUGUGUAAAAAAUUAAAUUUAUAUUUUGUAU